CAUCAGGCACCUGUUUCUCUUAUUACCACUUCAAUUGAGAGCUUGUCCAUGCCUAAAGUGGUAUCAAGAUCCGCUGUCUGUCUCGACAUCCACAGGAGCCCGUCCCACUGCCUCCUCUGCAACUGAUCUACGCGUAUAUUAUUGUAUAUGUGGCGAAUUCAUCGUGCGUGUCGUCAUCUCCAUCUCAACAAGAAGGGCCGAAUACCUAAUUUCUCACCCGCAUUGUCCUAACCGACAGUUGGUCAUCGACAAGUCUCUCGCGUCGUUACCGCGCAGACCCACGGACGGAGCGAUCAUCAUUCGAGCACAAGACAAUGGCGAUGACGAGAAGGCGCGGGUGUUCAAAUUGAAUGCUGUGGUCGGAGAUCCCAUUCUGGUGGAAAGGACUGGGGGUCACGAGUGCCAGUACAGAUUCACCUGUCCACGAUGUACCCUUCCCAUUGGCUACCAAGCGACUCCGCCACCCAUGAAAUCCGGACCAUACGUGUAUCUCUUAUCUGGAGCGCUGAGUCAAGUACAGGGUCAAGUACCUGCAGAUGCUUUCGAAGGAGACGAACAAGGGGAAAGCAAUAAAUGAACAUGAUGGUUACAUUCCAAAAAGUUGAUUCAUUCUCCACAGUAAUAGCAAGUAACAGCUACUUUAUCUAGCGAUGCGAAAACGCAGAUUCUGCAAAUGCAACAGUCAGCAAACGUUCUGAGUGACAGAAUAUUGUUCAACGUCGCCAAAAAGGUCAGAUACCGUUGUAGAAAAAGUCUGUUCAUGACAAAGGUUUUACACCAAUGUUAACACAGUGUGAAUAAUGAUGUGCAUCAUAUAGCAACGGAGAAAUGGAUGGAAAGAGACUAGUCGGGGGAAAAAACUCAC